GUGAUUCAUCUUCAGGAAUACGAAUAAUUACAGGUUUUUGAGGAAUGCAGAUAUUUAUAACACGCCUGAAAUACACAUGGUCAACGCGGCUGCUCAUCUACACAUUGGGUGCCGCCAUUUUGUAUUCCAGUGUUUACGUUCUUCGUGAAAUACAAUGUUUCAAUUUUUCAUGAUAUGCAAGUGAGUAUGCCUGAUUGCAUUUGAUAUCAACUACACGUGUCACUCAUCUAUAUCUGGGGAGUAUUUGUUAGCAACAAUGAUGUGGAGAAGUGUUAAAUUAUUGACAUGCGUUCAAUAAAUACACACGGGAUUCUACUCAUAAUGGCAUAACAGGACUAGAUCUAUAAACCAUGUCGCACUGAAUCUUCUGUUUAUGAAACCUCGGCAGCUUUACGUGUCUAAUGUUGUGAGACUUUACUGUCGUCAAUAUACAGACAAUUAACAUAGUAAAUUGAAGAUGAAGCGACAGAACGUUCGAACCCUGUCCCUUAUUGUGUGUACAUUUACAUACCUUCUAAUUGGGGCGGCCGUGUUUGACGCUCUGGAAUCUGAGUACGAACUAGAGAACAAAAGACGGCUGUUAGAGGAGGAGGAUGAAAUACUCACAAGAUAUAAUAUUUCAGAUUCUGACUUUAAAGCCAUUCGGCACAAUGUGAUCUGGUCCCGUCCAUACCAACAUGUCACUCAGUGGAAGUUCGGAGGUGCUCUGUAUCUUUCAUUAGUGGUUGUAGCAGCAAUUGGUUAUGGUCACAGUACACCUAAGACAGUUGGCGGUAAACUCUUCUGUAUGUCCUACGCUCUGGCUGGGAUUCCGUUGUGUAUGAUCAUGUUUCAAAGCGUUGGCGAAAGACUAAAUACAUUUGUGACAUUUGCGUUACGGCAGAUCAAGAAAUGCUUCCGACUGAAAAACACAGAGGUGUCCCAAACGGAUUUGAUAUUUAUAACAAUGAAUCUAUCUACCAUUAUACUGACAUGCGGUGCCCUUGUGUUUUCACACGUUGAAGGUUGGACAUAUGUGGAUGCAUUCUACUACAGUUUUAUCACCUUGACAACGAUAGGUUUUGGAGACUUUGUUGCACUACAACAAGACAAUAUGGUUCAGAGCAAGCCACAUUAUUUUGCUUUCAGUAUUUUAUUUAUAUUAUUUGGUCUGACAGUGAUUUCGGCGGCCAUGAAUUUAUUAGUUUUGAGGUUUCUUACGAUGAACACAGCGGAUGAACUCAGAGACGAAAGAGAAGCAGCUGUUGCGGCCAGAAAUGCAGUUCGUCUUGAAGGUGACGUCAUAACCGGGAACAACGGAGUCGUCUCUAACCUACAGGAACAGCCCACCGGGCCUAUAGUAGAGGACACACUGUCAGUGUGUUCCUGUUCGUGCUAUAAAUGGAGAUCCCCACGUGACAAGGUUUAUUCGACGAGUCCUAUGGUAAAUCAAAUGCGCAGAAAAUUUAAGUCAAAAGGAAUGAACAAUCAAGAAUACUCAAAGGAUGUCGAAAGUAUGGUUUCUGAGGAUACUGACUCUUUCAUCAACUGGCAGAGGGAUAAGCGGGCAUCACUUUGAGUAUAUUAUAUCACAGGGGUCUGCAUCUGGUUAGUAUUUAAAGAAAAGUAUUUAGCUCCUAUCCCAACUUUAUCAACAAGGAGACUGGGCGAUGCAUCGACUAUGUAGAAGUAGGGUCUCUAUGUUUCAGCUGUUUUAAAACGGAAAGUCUGAUUGUUCGACAGCUGUAGUAUUCAUUGUUUACAGAGCUGACGCCCAAUCAGAUUGCCCGUUGUAAAACCUUUCCAAAAUAUAUAUUGCUUACUUUCAUUCAAAAGCAGAUACAUUGUUGGAUAUCACAACCGCUUUUGGUCCAUUUUGUCAUCUUUAAAUUAUUUUCACGGGAAAUACAAGUGUAAGAAUAACAUGCUCUCAUUUCUAAGGAUUCCACACUGAGGUACGUUACCGAAGUUCGUGUACAUUAGAUAAUUUAGUCGGAUUUGAUAUUUGAAUUAAAAGUAAAUCGAAGCUUAGCCCACAAAUCCUACUUUUCAAGUUUUACACCUUGUUGACAUAGUAGGCGUAGGGACUGAUACUCUUUUGGGGUAUUUACUAUAUAGUAUUUACCAGAUGAAGACAUCUGGGAUUGCGUCAUAAGUACUAGAACGUAAAUAAUUUCUUAACUCUUAUAGUUACAAUCUAUUAUAUAUCUUUGUGGAAUUUGCUUGUUUCUCUCUUUGAUAUCAAAUACAUUGAAUGAGAAUAACUUUUUAGAUGUCGUUGCAUUGAUAUCAAUAAAUGAUAACAAAAUUAACAAUCUUUGAUGUUUGACGCAAAGUCCACAAUGUGUUCGUACAUGACUGUCAAUUUCAACCUGAUACGGCAUAGCAAGUGCACAAACUACAUAAAUGUUGCUGUUUUCAGGAGUGUUUUUUUUCCACUGAUUGCGAGCUUAGUAUAAAAUUGGGUAAGACAGAAAAAAUAAUAAAAUCAACAUAGAAAUUUGUUUGUAUUCAUAAUUUUCGCGAUCAAAAUGUAUUCUCUAUACAACAACAAUUUGGUAAUACCGCGGUUAUUGGAACUAACAGACAAUAUUGACAGUAAUUGGAUAGUUGUGAAAUAAGGCUGUCUGGAAAUUGAUUAAUAGAAGAACAUUCCUAUAUGUGUCUAUAUAAACUUUGUAACAUUUCAAUGUAUGGUAAUGACCACAUCAGAACUUAUUUUGAAGGUCACAAAAUAGCUCUCGUGUAACUCAAUAGAUUAAUCCCACUUAUUUAUGCAUUUUUUACACUCAAAUAUGUUAGGAAAGAUGUUUAGAAUGUUUCCUAUUUUACUUAGAUAUAUUUAAAUAUUUUAGGAAUUUAAAUUAUUUGAUAUUGUCUUUAAAAUAAUGCGAAUAUUUCAGAUACUACAUGCUGGCUCGAGAUGGGAAGUAAAAUAAUUAUCAUUAAAAAGGCAUGAUACAUACAUUGAUAAUGCGCCUUUAAUACCUUUUUUCACAUCGCCCUACGUCCGUGAUCUGUGAUUCGUCCGUCCGUAGAACGUCUGUCUAUAAUCGUUGAUAUCACUAUUUAUUCAGUAAUUCAGGAUAUUUUUCAAACUUCACGCUUUUCAAGUAUUUGGAGUAUUUCUCGAAAAUUUAAACACAAAAAAAAACAUUCCUGAAAGUUUCAAGCCCUAUUCAUUUCGUUUCUUUAUAUGACCAAAUAAGAUAGUUUCAGAACAUAUGUCCGGUGUGUUAUAUCAUAUAUAAAUGUCUCUAAGUUGCUUUGCAAAGAUGACCAACUUCAAUGAAAGUGAUGAAGUCAAAUUAAAAUAAAUCUACAUGCGUAAAACGCGUUGCAAUUACUGUUGAUAUCUAUUGGAGGGUGUCAAGGACGAACUGUUAAUUAAAAAUUAAGUAAUAGACUAAUAUCCUGUUUCCUGAACCCUAGAUUGUGCAAAACACAAUACAGUAUAUACUGCCAUUUUAUUGGAAAACGUUACAGACUUAGAAAAUGAUGACGAUAUUUUAGUUUUUGAUAAACUCACGUAAAUAUGUCAUAUAAAGAUACAAACUAAACUUCAAUAUUAUUUUAGCAUGAUGUAUAUCAUUCUACAUUCCAAUUUAUAUCCAUUACAAUGAAUUUCCAUGUCAGCUAUGUAAUGCUUAGAUGUACGAUUAAUAUUGAUAAUAUAAUGUUGAUCAUAUUAUGUAAGCAUUAUGUUCAUUUGCAUAUUUGUGUAUUUAAACGAAUACAAAGGUAUCCUUUUAUUAAUUUACGAUUGUACUCUUAAUCAAUUUUUAUUGUUCUUUGUUAUUAUUCUGCAUAUGUAGUUGUUCUGUAUGUGGCCAUGUUUGCUGUUUCACUGUUAUUGUCCAGUGCUAUUGUAGACUAUUUAUAAAAGUAUACCUUUUCAAUAUUUGUUGUUGACAAUGGAUUUUGUAUCGGUAAUAAACAAUUAAGUUGGGAUUUGAAUUCACUGAGUUUUCUUAAAAGUUUACCUUUUUACAUAGGUAGCUAAUUUCAGUUGAUAAAGAGUAAUUAAGUUUCUACUGAACCUGUGCAUAUAACAUUACUCAAUCUCAGCGUAAGGUACACAAUACAAGGUAAACUAUCAUUGAGAGGAACAAAGAUCCAUCACAGUCAUGUAUGACUAUGGUAAAAAAAAAUGAGUACCUGGAUUAAUGGUGUCGACGAAAUUACGAUUCCGAUUAUAUUUAAUACUUCUGCUGCACGUGUUUUGUCUGUAGUAAUUUAUACAUGUGUCAUUGUCAUUUUAUAUCUAAAUAUUGUCUUAAUAACAACACGUUUAUGUAUAUAUGAUAAUAUGGCAUGACACUUUGUUAAGUUUUUCGUUUCUUAAGAAAUAAAACAGUUUAAUACAUUA